AUGUCAAAAAAGCAAAAUAUAAAACAAACGAGAUUGAACUUUGUUCAAAAAACAGAGAUCAUUGCAAAAAUUGACAAAGGUGUAAGUGGUAAACAGUUGGCAUUUGAUUAUGGUGUUUGUGAAGCAACAAUAACAAAAAUUAAGAAGAAGAGAUUUGAAAUUUUAGAAGCAGUUUCAAAUUCAUAUGGUGAUUUAAACAGGAAAACACUGCAUAAACCAGAAUUUAUUGAGCUGGAACAAAAAAUUUAUGAUUGGUUUUUGAUGCAAAGACAACGUAAUUGUAAUGUUAAUGGCGCAAUGUUAAAAUCAAUUGCUAAGACGGAGUUUGCAAGACUUUACCCACAAAAACAGUUUUCUGCAAGUGAUGGAUGGCUGACAAACUUUAAGAAACGAUAUGGCAUUCGCAAUCUUAAAAUUUGUGGUGAAAUACUUUCGAGUGACACAGCAGAAAUAACUCCUUUUAUUCACAAGUUACGGACCACAAUGGAUGAAAUGGGAAUAACCGAGGCACAGUUAUACAAUGCGGAUGAGUCUGGUCUCUUUUACCGUAUGCUGCCAGAUCGCACAUUCGUAGCAGCAACUGAAAAGACUGCACCUGGCCGAAAAAUACUAAAAGAAAGGAUAACAUUUAUGCUGUGUGCAAAUGCCGAUGGAUCCCACAAAUUGAAACCCAUGGUGAUUGGUAAAUCUGCAAAUCCACGUUGUUUUUCCGGAUUCAACAAUCCAUUGGAAUACGUAAAUUCUAAAAAAGCGUGGAUGAACUCCCAACUGUUUUCUGAAUGGUUUCACAAUUCGUUUACUAAACAGGUUCGUACUUUUUGCUCAGGAAAUAAUUUACCACAUAAGGCAUUGUUGCUAGUUGACAAUUGUUCAGCUCAUAAGCCAAUUGAACGGCUAAAGUCUGAUGACGGUAACAUUGUAACAAUGCUUCUACCACCGAAUGUGACAGCGGUAAUACAGCCAAUGGAUCAAAACCCGAUAAGGCUAGUUAAAUUGGGCUACAGAAGCAAACUUUUAUGCAACAUUAUGGCACAGAAACAUUUGACCAUUGCAUUAACAUUAAAGCAACAUUCCAUUCGUGACGCAAUAAUGUUGCUAAAGUCGGCUUGGGACGAAUUGCCACAAACCGUCUUGAUCAACGCUUGGAACAAAAUAAGAAAGUGGGGUGAUAAUGAGUACGAUGAGGAAGAUAAUAUUCCAUUGGCUCAACUUAUUGAAACGAGUGUGAAUGACGAAUACGCUCAAUUACUCCAGGAAGUGUCAUUAUUGUUGGAGAGGGUGGGUAAUAACACUGUAAUUGAUAGUGAGGACAUUGAAAACUGGAAUGACGACAAAGAAACUGCUGAUGAAAUAGAAAUUUUGUCAGACACUUCAGAUGGAGAAGAAGUCAGCCAGGAACCCAAAGUGACAUAUGCGGAAGCAAUUCAAAGCGUAAACAACUUGAUCCACUGGUUUAAACAUGAAAACGAUGCAAAUCAGGUGUCAGACUUAUUGAAUUGUCGUACAAAAAUGGUCAGAAAAUAUAUUGCAAAAGAAAAAAACAAAAGAAUAUUCAAGAUUUUUUCUCUUCAUAGUAAAUACAUAUGUAUGUAUGUAAAUGUAAAUAUGUUUUUCAUGUAAAUCCAUAUGUUUUAUUGAAGCAAAUAAAUGAAUGAAUUUUUUAAGUUUAAAAA